GAUCUGUAUCAUGGGUUCUUGUGCCUGCAACUCUGGGUACAAAGGAGAAAACUGUGAAGAAGCUGAUUGCUUAGACCCGGCCUGUUCCAGUCAUGGUGUGUGUGUCCAUGGAAGGUGCCACUGUAAUCCAGAAUGGUGUGGUAGUAACUGUGAAAUGCUGAAGACAAUGUGUCCAGACCAGUGCUCUGGUCAUGGGAUGUACCUUCAAGAAAGUGAUACCUGCACUUGUGACCCUAAUUGGACAGGUGUAGAUUGCUCAAAUGAAAUCUGUCCUGUGGACUGUGGCUCUCAUGGUGUUUGCAUGGGUGGAACAUGUCAUUGCGAAAAAGGUUGGACUGGACCAGCCUGCAAUCAAAGAGCCUAUCACCCUCGCUGUGCUGAACAUGGAACCUGUGAAUGUAGCCAGAGGCGGAAUGGCAAGCGCUCUGCUGUCUUGGCUAAACCAGUUGUUGAGCGACAUGUAACGGCAGUUUGGGGGAAGAAUGUCACCCUGAAAUGCAUGAUUGAAAUAAGUGGAACAAUAAUACAAAUCUCAUGGGAGAAGAUACAUGGUAAAAGUAAACAGACCAUUGCUGUUCUUCAUCCUGAAGAAGGGUUUGCUCCUCAAAGAGAAUACCAAGGAAGAGUGUCACUUAAGAACAACUCACUUACUGAUGCAACCAUCAUCCUACACAAUAUCAGCUUCUCUGAUUCAGGAGAAUAUGUAUGCAAAGCAGUUACAUUCCCACUAGGAAAUACUGAGUCAUCAACGACUGUAACUGUAUUGGAUGCCCCUGAAGUUUCAAUAACUGGGUAUGAUGGAAACUGGUUCUUUGGAAGAGAGCGUGUUUGGCUCCGGUGUAAUGCUAACGCAAAUCCACCACCCACAGACUUUACAUGGACCAGGUUGGAUGGGCAAUGGCCUGAAGGUUUAAUGUCUUCAAAUAAUACUUUGCAUUUCAACCAUCCAUUGACUUACAAUUAUGCUGGGACUUAUGUCUGUAAAGUGACCAAUUCGCUUGGACAAACAAGUGAUCAAAAGACGAUCUACAUUUUAGAUCCUCCUACUGCUACUACACGACCACCCAUGCUUCCAUUGCAUCCUUCAACUGAUGGCAUCAGAGCCUUAACAACAGAACCAGAACUAAUGCAUUUUCCAACAUCAACCUUGUCUUCCUUCAUUGCUGGCAAUCAGGGUACCAUCAUCGCUAAUGCAGUGUGUGGAGCUCUUUUUCUGAUACUUGUAAGUGUUUUGGUUGGAGUUAUCUGCUAUAGGAGAAGAUGGACAGUCUGUGGUUACUGCUUUGCUAGGAACUACAUUCCACCAUCAGAUAUGCAAGAAGAGUCCCAAAUAGAUGUUCUCCAUUCAGAUGAUGUGGGCUCUCAUCCUGACAGCAUAAAAAAAGAAAUAAAACAUCCAGUGAACAGUCCAACAUCAAAAGAUUUAGAAGGCCAUCUGGAAGACAAUCCAGAAUGGAACAAUUUAGUCAAUACUAACAGAUCAAAUGAAGGGUAUGAAAGACCAAUGGAAGACAGAACACUGGGAAGGAAGGACAUGGGUGGUGAAUGUUACAAUGACAAUGAAGACGACAAUCCAGAAUGGAAAAAUUUAGUCAGUUUUAAGAGAUUCAAAAAACUGUAUGAAAGACCAUUGUCUUAUUAUGAAGGAGGAACACUAAGAAGAAAGGACAAGGGUGGUAAAUGUUAUGAUGACAAUGAAGAAGACAAUCCAGAAUGGGACAAUUUAGUCAAUAUUAAGAGAUCCCAAGAACAGUGUGAAAGACCAAUGGAUUAUUAUGAAGGAGGAACACUGAGAAGGAAGGACAUGAGUGGUGAAUGUUAUGAUGACAAUGGAGAAGACUUUGUGUUACAUGGAGAUGGCUCAAUAGAAUCCCGGAGGGAACUGUAUGUGUAG